AGUCAUCGGACCUGUCAAUCAAGCGGUCGGCGCCCUUUGAAGUCGGGACUCCUCGCCUUGUCUUGGGCUCAAAUGAGCUGUUUGCUGUUGUAGUGAAACAUUAUUCCUCUACCGAGUAGCCAGCCGGGGAGCGCCACAUCUCAACUUUUUCUUCUGUAUGUGGUGGGGCUUUCUCUACUUUUGUUUCGUGGAAGCGCUCCAGCCUGUGGAUAUUUAGCAGAGAAAGUAACUUUAUUCCCUUCUUUAUUUAUACUUUUUUUUGUUGUUGUUUUUUAAUUUUUUUUUUUUUUUUUAAACUUCGUAAAAGAGGAGGAAAAAAACUCCAGGGGAGGGAAGUAGUCAUGCCUCAGCUCAGUAGCGGCGGAGGGGACGACCUGGGAGCGAAUGAUGAGAUGAUAUCGUUCAAAGACGAAGGGGAGCAGGAGGAGAAAAUCCCGGAGAACGCGUUCACGGAGAGAGACCUGGCCGACCUCAAGUCCUCUCUGGUGAACGAGUCGGAAAUAAAUCAAAGUCCGAACACGGCGCAGGCGGUCAGACGGGGACAGCAGGGCGAGCAUAGGGUCUUCCAGGACAAACACCGAGAGCAUCUUGACGGAGUGUCGAAACAACAAGAUGGAGGCAUGUACAAGUCGCCGGCGUAUCCAGGGUAUCCGUUCCUGAUGCUGCCAGAACCUUACCUCCCCAACAACUCAGUUUCUCCAUCUUCCAACAAAGUGUCGGUGGUACAGCAAUCCCACGGGAUGCACGCGCUGACGUCCCUGCUGCCCUACAGCAACGACCACUUCAGCCCGAGUCCUCCGCACCUGCCCACAGACAUGAGCCAGAAGACAGGCGUCCACAGGCACCAGUCCCAGGACCUCUCAGGGUAUUACUCCCUUCCUCCAGGUGGCGUUGGCCAAAUCACCCCCUCCAUGAGCUGGCAGAGCCAGCCGGUCUACCCUGCCCUGUCCCCUUGUGGAUUCAGGCAGCCCUACUCCUCCAGUCUCCCCAGCGCAUCGUCCUACUCCAGGUUCCCACACUCUUUGAUGCUCGGGCCGUCGGGCGUUCAUCCUACAGGGAUCCCCCACCCGGCCAUAGUGCCCUCUUCAGGAAAACAGGAGCAUGAUCAGUACGACAGAGGCAUGUACAUGAAGCCGCAGGUGGAGGUCAAACGGGAGAAGGAGCCCAAGAAACCGGUCAUUAAGAAGCCCCUGAACGCCUUCAUGCUCUACAUGAAGGAAAUGAGGGCGAAGGUUAUCGCUGAGUGCACGUUAAAGGAGAGCGCUGCUAUCAAUCAGAUUCUGGGACGAAGGUGGCACGCUCUGACCCGGGAGGAGCAGGCCAAGUACUACGAGUUGGCCCGAAAAGAGAGACAGCUCCACAUGCAGCUCUACCCGACCUGGUCUGCUAGGGACAACUACGAGGCGGGCCUUAGCGGGGUCGCAGGGGAAAAGAGUAAAGCUGAUUGGGGCAAGAAGAAAAGGAGAAAAAGGGAGAAGCAGCAGGACUCCAACACAGAUCCGGGCUCUCCUAAGAAAUGCCGCGCUCGCUUCGGCCUCAACCAACAAACGGACUGGUGCGGUCCUUGCAGGAGGAAAAAGAAGUGCAUUCGCUACCUUCAAGGAGGAGGCUGCCCCAGCCCAUCUUCUUCAGAUCUAAGUGCCAUAGACUCUCCCCCCUCCCCCUCUCCCUCGCGCCUCCGCCUCUACCAGCAGCAGCCCCCUUCCCCGGGCUGCUCCCCGCCGCCAGUCUCCCCGUCCACGCACCUCCCCUUGUCCUCGCACACGCGCUCACACACACGCUUCCCGCAGGAGCAGCCCGCCGGCAAGCGGGCGGACUUCCGUCAGCCCCCGGACAAACACGCCCCCAACACGCACCUGGAACUGUCCGGCAAGCAGGCGCUCUGCUGCACGGCGCUGUCCGCCGCCAAAGUGGCAGGACUUUCUCUUAAAGUGCUAACAGAGACUCACUGAUCGCCGCGGUCCGCUGACGUCGCCCUCACUGCUCUCCUCCUCCUCGGCUUCCUCCAAAAAGCACGAGGAUCAUCCUCCUGGUCUCCGGCCUUCGCCUCUCCUUCAGCCUGGAUAGUCCAAAAGUGUCGUUUGUCCACAGCAGCUACACUAGAAACAACACGUUCAGGGGCAAUACGGACAGGACAAGUAAUGUUACUUUACCACCUUUUUUGUUUUUAACGCAUCAGCCAAUAAGAUGAAACGAUGCAUUUGAUACAUUUCUGGUUUAAAUCAAAGUUAGAUGUUUGGUGCAGAUGACCCGGUAAGAGUACACCAGAGGAUUCAGCUCCUCCAAACAGCACAUAGCUAUUAUUUCACCAUACAGGCGAUCCAGAAGAUUCAUACACCUUGAACUUUUUCCCAUUUUUUUUCAUGUCGCAACUGUAAUUCCAGUUUGUUUUAUUUGGAUUUUAUGUAACACAACAAUACAACCUAGGGCAAGGUAGCUAAAUGCUUUACAAGAUUUUUUUUUAAACAAACUCUCUUAAAAGUUUGCAGCACCUUUUAUAUUCAGUCGAUACCUUGUAGAACCACGUUCUGCUGCGAUUACGCUUUCAGGGUACGUCUCUAGCAGCUUUGUGUCUCUACAGACUGACACCGCUGCCCGUUCUUCAUCGUCAAACAACUGAAGCUCAAUCAGAUCGGACGUAGAUCAGAUUUAUUUACUAUAUCAGUGUUAAAGUCUUGCCAUGGAUUUUCAAUUGGAUUUAAAUCUAGACUAUCGUCCCUGUUGGACUGUAGCUCUGACUUUAUGUUUAGGGUUGUUUUUGCUUCCAUAAUUUGACAUUUCUGGCCCAGAUUAAAUUAUUUUGCCACCUACCAGCACCAGCCGUCUUCCCCGGGGGUUUUCUUCCAGGAUUGUAGCUCCAUCCAACUUCCCCACAGCAUGUUGCUGCCACCAUCAUGUUCCCCGGUGGGGAAAAGUGUGUUAGUUUCCCUCUUCUUUUCAGGAUGUGGGCUGAAAGGUUCAUUUUUGCAGAGUUUGGCUUGUACCAAACUUUAAAUGGGACUUUCUGUAUCUUUCUGUGCCAUAAAAAGGUAUGUGGCUAAUAGUUGUCCUGUCAUCAGAUUAUCCCACUUAAACUGGGGCUCUGCAGCUCCUCUAGAGUUAUCAUGUUCCUCUGGGCUCCAUCUCUGAUAUAUUAACACCUCUGUCACUUUAGGCCAUUACUCGGUAGGUCUGCAGUUGUGAAAUACUCUUUCCAUUGCCGGAUGAAGGAUUAAGCCUUAACUGUUUUAGAAAGUAACCCAGCUUUCUCUCUGAGCUGUCUGCUGUGCUCCCAGGGUCUUAAUGGUGCUGCUUGUUGUUCGGACGUUCUCUAACAAACCACAGAUCUGCUUAAUUAAUACUGAGAUUAAAUUAAAUACAGGUGGAUCCCAUUUAGCAAUUAAGUGACCUCUGAAGACAGCUGUACUUUAUUUAGGAUUAUCAGAGUCUAACACGUCCAGAGAUAAACGCUCAGCACACUUUUCACAAUUGAUCUGUGUUUUGUAUAGGUCUGUCACAUAUAUGAAUAAAUACAUUAAAAUGUGGAAUGUGACAAAACAUGUAAAAGGUUCAAGGAGUACAAAGACUUUCUGGGCAACGUAAUCUUCAUGUCUUAGCUCAAACACCUCCAGUUGUGAUCCAGUUUUUUUUUUUUUCCUCACAGCAGCCUGGUAUCCUUUAGGGCUCAGUGUCAAUAAACUGAUUCACAAAUAAGCUCUUAAAAUACCAACAGCACGUUCAUCUGUUAGAGGACAAAGAUGUAUGAAGAUAGCUGAUUUGGUUCCAGCUGAAAUAUUUCCGUUUUCCCGCCUGCGCCUGUCAAUCAUGUGAUGAGGGGCCAUGGCCGACAGCCUGGGAGGCUGACCAGCAGGAUCUCGUAUUUUUUGGGGGAAAGCAUUCUUAGUUCUUGUUUUUUAGCAGCCAUUUCACCAUUUGUUGGUAUUUCCAGAGGAGGCAAAGCGGGCUCCCAAGCCACUUCUUUUAGCACUUUUAGGCUUCUAAUCUCCAGCUUCAACCGUUAUUUUUUUUUUACAUAUUGUUGUUUUUUGUACUUUUUUGUGAGUAUGCAUCUCAUGUCAUUUUUAAGGUCAUAUGUUUUCUUUGUUAAGAUUUUUUUUUUUUUCUUAUCUGCAGCUCCGCAAACUAAUCUGUGACCAAUGGGUACUAUUAUAUUGCAUUGUCUUGUAAAGUUUUAUAUUAUAAUAAAUAACUUUUGUAUGUUUUUAUGGAAUAAAAAAGUAAAUUGCUUUAAAAAAAAAUAUUAUAGUUUCCAACUUUUUUCUAAAAGCAUCAUGUUUUGUCUUCUUUUUUCUUUUCUUUUUUUUCUUGCGGUCCAGUAUUACUGCAGAAGCCGUCAAACUAUAUUUUGUGUUCUCAGUCUGUGCUUGUUCCAACUGUAAUGUUACAUUUCGAGCAAAAAUGUUUUCAUUUUGCAGUUUUCUCGCGGCUUCAAUCUCAGCUUCUGACUGUGGAAUGAGUGUAGGCUGAGCUGUUGUACCAUUCCUCUCCACCAGAUGGAGCUCUUGUGGUAGAGACGUUCAGGCCAGAGGCAGGAAUAACUGGAAGAUGUCUUUGUACCUUCAUGCUUUGAACCCCUUUGAUGUAUUUGCUUUUGUUUGAUGUUAUUAAAAGUGUUUUGAAUAUCUUG